AGUGAGGAUGCUUAGGAGGGGCCUCUGCAAUAGCAUCGUUUUGCUCAGAAAGUCACUUGACAGUCCUUGGAAUUGGAUAGUUCAAACAUGGCUGGCAGGACGCUGUCUGCUUGUUACAGGUUCCUUCUGUCUCCUCUGCCUAUCAGGGCUGGAUUCGGGAAACAGGCGUUUUCUGUGUCUGUUGCAUCGGCUCAGCAAAGAGAUUAUUCGUCGCAGCAAAUCAUUCCCCCUCCUGCGAAGUAUGGAGGGAGACACACAGUGACCAUGAUCCCAGGGGAUGGCAUUGGACCAGAACUCAUGCUGCACGUUAAAGAAGUUUUUAGACACGCUUGUGUGCCAGUGGACUUUGAAGUAGUGAAUGUGAACUCUACUGCCACCGAUGAAGAUGACAUUCAGAAUGCUAUUACUGCUAUUCGAAGAAACAGAGUGGCACUGAAAGGUAACAUUGAGACAAACCAUAACAUGCCUCCAUCCCACCGCUCCCGAAAUAACUUACUCCGUACUAGCUUAGACCUCUAUGCCAAUGUUAUCCACUGUCAGAGCCUUCCAGGGGUCCAGACCCGACAAAAGGGAAUUGACAUCUUGAUUGUGCGGGAGAAUACUGAGGGAGAGUACAGCAGCCUGGAACAUGAGAGUGUGUCUGGAGUUGUGGAAAGUCUGAAGAUCAUCACCCGAGUAAAUUCUCUACGCAUCGCGGAAUACGCCUUUAAACUGGCCAGAGAAAAAGGAAGAAAGAAGAUUACAGCUGUGCACAAGGCCAACAUCAUGAAGCUGGGAGAUGGACUUUUUCUUCAAUGCUGCAGGGAGGUGGCUUCUGGCUACCCAGACAUCACUUUUGAGAGCAUGAUUGUGGACAAUACUACAAUGCAGCUUGUAUCUAACCCCCAGCAAUUUGAUGUGAUGGUGAUGCCCAACCUUUAUGGAAACAUAGUGAAUAAUGUCUGCGCUGGACUGGUAGGAGGCCCCGGAUUGGUACCUGGAGCAAACUAUGGAAGUGUCUAUGCGGUGUUUGAGACGGCCACCAGAAACACAGGGAAGAGCAUUGCCAACAAGAACAUUGCAAACCCCACUGCAACGCUUUUAGCCAGCUGCAUGAUGUUGGACCAUCUCAAGCUGCACAGUUACGCAGAGUCUAUUCGUAAAGCUGUUAUGGGCAGUAUGAAUGAGCACCGGAUGCACACUCCAGAUAUUGGCGGCCAGGGUACCACAUCUGAAGUUGUACAGGCCAUCUGCAGACAGAUCAUUGUCAAGAAUGGCCGAGCAGUAACCAUUUAAGAUGGCAAGACGCGUCCUCUGCAGCCAGCCAGAUGUGCUUUGGAAGUUAUGUUCUUUCCCAUCAUCAUUGCUCCUCUGGAUGCUUACAUAGCUUUGAUUUAAAAUAAAUUGUUCCAUGUCUCUUCUUUUUUUUCUUACUAAGCCAUGCAAAAAAGUAUAUAUUAGAUGUUCUCUAUGGGGUAGGUGGUACUAAAGCAUGCUUUUACAGAUGCAGUGAUGCUGCGUGAUCUGUGGACAAAUGAAUAUGAGCGCUGUUGUAUUAGUAAGCUUGUAUUUGUUUUGCCAUCUUUGCAAUAGCUGUAAAUAAAGAGUUCCACCA